UAGUAUUUGUAAAUGUGGAUGAAACUGUUAAUGGUGAUAGUAGUACUAGUAUAUUAUUUGUAGUAGCACUAAUUAGUGUGAGUCUAGGUGGUGUUUUGUUACUACGGGUCUCACUAGAGACUGCAGCUGAAAAGCUGCCUGCUGUCACGACACAAGAUGUAGCUGGAAUUUAA